CCUUGUCUUCUUCAGUUCUCUUCUUCCAACUUCCCCUGCCAUCCGCGCUCUCUCUCGCCUCUCUCUUUCUCUCUCUAAACGCUUCUUCGUUCCCGUUCCCGACAAUGGCCGCAAUAACUCAGCCUGAGGCCACCAAUCCCACCGCCGACUCCAACGGCGGAAAAACCGUCGCCCAAUUCUCCUUGCCCGCCGUAAAACUCCAGAAAAUUCCUCACCUUUCCGACUACAUCCCCAACCUUAAAACCCUGCCGAAUCCUCUCGAAAACAACCCCUUCUUCCACCCGUCCGACGGUUUCUACGUCAGUUCCGGCGACGUCAUCUUCCGCCAGAUCGUCUACGACCUUUCCGGAAUCGUCCCUUCGCCGAAUCCCGAUCACCUGGCGUACCACAGGGCCGGACCCAGGCGCGACGUCGUUUUUGAGCCGUCGGAAGUGAGAGCUGCUAUUGUCACCUGCGGGGGACUCUGCCCCGGCCUCAACACCGUCAUCAGAGAGCUCGUCGAUGGGCUUUGGGAGCUCUACGGCGUCCGUCAGAUAUUCGGCGUGACCGCCGGGUACAGGGGGUUUUACUCAAGAGAGCCCCUCGAGCUGAACCCUAAGCGCGUGCGCAGUUGGCACAAGAGAGGUGGGACCGCGCUCGAGACUUCUAGAGGUGGCUUUGAUCUGGAAAAGAUCGUUGACGCUAUUGAAGAUCGCGGCUUUAAUCAGGUGUACAUCAUAGGUGGGGAUGGCACAAUGCGCGGGGCAGUAGAGAUAUGCAAUGCCAUCCGUCGUCGAAAAUUGAAUGUUGCGGUGACUGGAAUCCCCAAAACAGUGGACAAUGAUGUGGGCAUCAUUGACAGAUCAUUCGGAUUCCAGACGGCAGUGGAAAUGGCCCAGCAAGCAAUCAGUGCAGCUCAUGUGGAGGCAGAGAGUGCAGUGAACGGAAUAGGUCUGGUGAAACUUAUGGGCCGAAGCACCGGGCACAUUGCUCUUCACGCGACGCUGAGCAGCCGGGAUGUCGACUGCUGCUUGAUCCCCGAAAUGGAAUUUUACUUGGAAGGCAAAGGAGGACUCUUUGAUUUCCUUUAUCAGCGUCUGAAAGAGAAUGGACAUGCAGUGCUGGUAGUGGCUGAAGGAGCAGGGCAAGCAAUGAUACCAAGAACCGAUGCCCAGAAAGAGGAGAGGGAUGAAUCUGGCAACCUAGUACUUCUCGAUGUCGGCAGCUGGCUCAAGUCGGAGCUGAAGAAAUGGUGGUCAAGGGACCACCCCGGCGAGUUGUUUACGGUCAAGUACAUAGAUCCAACAUACAUGAUCCGCGCAGUUCCUGCAAAUGCCACGGAUAACUCGUAUUGCACACUUUUAGCACAUUCGGCCAUUCAUGGUGUUAUGGCAGGCUACACUGGCUUUGUCUCUGGUCCUAUUAAUGGUAACUAUGCUUAUAUCCCUUUGGAAGAGGUGGCACGCGCUAAGAAUGAAGUCAACACCAAGGAUCACAAAUGGGCUUGGAUCAGAUCUGUGUCCAACCAGCCUGAUUUUAAGAAAAGAUGAACACAUUAAUUAUAUACAUUCAUUUAAAAAAAGCUUCAUAUGUCCGAGUGGUUUAGCUAUAGCAGAACCUGUAUUACUUUAAACGAAGAAAUCUCGAACAAAGAGCAGGUGCUUUUUUUAUUUUUUUUUGAUAAUUAGUAAAGAGCAGAUACUGCUGUUUAAUAAAAUUACAGUGG